UCGGCCGGGCGGGAAGGAGUCGUCGUCUUCUUCCUCCGGCUUUGACCUUGGGCGCGCCAUGGAGUCGGUGCUCCUCAGGCCGCUCCCGAGCGCGGGACUGGGCCGUCGGGGGUCGCCGAGGGGGCCGAGGCGGGUCGGGGCGGUGGUGGGUUUUGGCGAGCGGAGCAGAUGUUGGCGCGGGGUGGCGGUGGCGGCGGCGUCGUGGAUGGAGGAGGCGGGCGUGGCGGUGCUGGAGGAGGGCGUGCGGCGGAACCCGGCGGUGUCGGACUCGUACCGGCCGCAGGGGAUGCCGCGGCCGAACGCGACGGUGCUGGAGGCGCAGGCGCGGGUGUGCACGGGGCCCGAGCAGACGCGCCCGCUCGGGGAGGAGCAGGCCAUGCGCGUCCUCGACACCAUCCUCCGCUCCGCAAUGGGAGAACUCAAAGAUGAGCCAGUGUCCAGUGCACAGCUGGGUGCAUUCUUUGCUGGCAUGACAAUAAGAGCUAAUUCUUUUCCAGAAGCCACCCAAUGGAGUGAGGGUGAGCGCCGUGCCAUGAGCUUAUUUUGGCCACGUCUUAUCAAUGUUCUUCCCCCCGAGGUGAAAUUUAUAGCAGAUCCAGAAGGAACAAUCAUGGGAGCAAAUGGUCUAACAGGACCUAGGUAUGUUGGCCAAAGCACUGCAGAGAUGAGACUCGUCGGUGCUUUGAGGGAAGUGCUUGCUGGUGGCCAUUUGGGUUAUGAGGAAGUUCAGUGUGUACUAAAGGAUGUUCUACCAAUUGAAUUAGCGAAUGAAAACUCAAAGAUGGUUAGUGAAGCACUGCUGUCAGCAUUUCUUAUUGGACAGCGGAUGAAUAGGGAAACUGAUCGUGAGCUCAAAGGAUAUUGUCUAGCCUUUGAUGAUGAACUAGGUCCAACUCCAGUUGCUGAUGUCAAAUCCUUGACACACUAUGGUGAGCCCUAUGAUGGAAAUACACGCUUUUUCAGGAGUACUCUGUUUGUUGCAGCUGUUAGAGCCUGCUAUGGUGAGGCUUGUCUCCUCCAUGGUGUUGAAUGGAUGCCACCCAAGGGUGGCAUAACAGAAGGGCAGAUGCUUAAAUUCAUGGGUGCAAAUACGCAUUUGUCCCCGUUACAGGCCAAAACACUAUUGGAGGAUGAGAGUACCGGUUUUGCAUAUCUGAAUCUCCAAGAAGCUUGCCCACCAUUAUCAUCGAUUAUUGGGAUCAGGGAGCAUAUUAAGAAACGACCGCCAUUGGCUACCUCUGAGAAAGUUCAGCAAUUUGUGAGAGCGCGGGGAAGAGAAUCAAUGGUUGCUGGAUUUUAUCAUGUGGGCUAUGAAGAUCCAUUGCUUAUGCUAAUGAGGAGGAGGACUGUUCAUGCUGGACUAGUUGUAAAGGGUGAGGAGGGUGCACUUUCUAUGACAACCAAAGAAAGAUCGGUUCAUGCAUCAAAAGGACUUCCAGUGAACCAUUGCUCAGGGUUCCGGACACCAAACAGCAUAAAUUUCUCCGAGGCUGAUGGUAUUUCUAGAGAGGGCUUCAAGGUCAUUGUGAAUGCUCAGGAACUGGGUUUUGAAUCCACGGAAACUCCACGAACUGAUAGAUCAGUCCUGAAAAACUUGGAGCUUGGUUUGGCAGCACUGGGUGGGGAGAAAGGACCAACCUAUGACCGAAUAGUCCUUAAUGCAGCCAUGGUUGACCACUUGUUAGGCUGCACUGGAGCUGAGGAUAUCCAGUCAGCGCUUGAAAGGGCAAGAGAAGCCAUUGACAGUGGUAAAGCUCUGAGUAGGCUCAUGAAUUACAUAAAAAUCACGCACAAAGUGUCCUAGUCGCGACUCGCAAGUGUGCUGGCUGUACAAUUUUGGUUUCUUGUGCCAUGGUGGAAUUUUUUCAUACACGACUGCUUUCAAGUUGCUCAGCAAACGUGAAGAACAGCCUGGACGUGAAUAGUCACUUGCAAGGUCUUGUCAAUAAAUUAACUGAAAGUCUGAACUCUGAAACACUCCUUGUUGGAAAUGUUAGCGUUGGGGAAUACUACUACUUCAUUAAUCAAACUUUCUUUAGCCA